AUGAUAAAUCCAAUUUCUAUAGUAGUGAGGGUAUUAUAAAAAUAAGUAUAAAUUGAAAAGAUAAUUCUUUUUAUAUCUGGAAAUACUAUGACUUUUUAAAUAAUUGCUUAUCAAGGCUAUAAUAAUUUUAUGCAUAAGGCAAGCUUGAGGUAAGUGAUAUAAUAUAUGAUGACAUAUGUGUUGAAAAUGAAACAUUUUUCUAUAUUUAUGAUUACAAAGAAAAUAAAUUAAAAGUUAAAUGAUUUCACCAUUACAAGCAUUAAGCAAAUUACUUAAAGUAUAUUUCUUUAAAAUAACAAUUCUUCUUUGCCUCUUAUAAUCAUUAUGAAUUCUUAACAAAAUUUAUGGAAAAUUUGUAGGUUUAAUAAUUUUCUAAAAAAUGGUUUAAUAAUCAUUUUCUUAUUUCUAUAAUAUCUCUCAAAAAAUCUUUAUUGACAUGGAUUUAUUCUAUUUUAUUUUGAAUUUGGAAACUAAAAAUUUCUUUAAUAUGUUAAGAUCUUAGCUUUUUAAAAUUAAGAAAUAUUCAGAUAUUAUGAAUUUACAGAAUCAGUAAUUAUUUUAAUGCAAGCUUAUAUAUAUGAAUACAACUAUUACUCUAUUAUUGCAAUAAAGUAUAAUUGCAAAUUUAAAAUUACAAUAAUAAACUAAGACUUUGAUUCUUACAUUUUUUAACGAUUAAGAACUAUACAUUAAAUUGGAAAUUACACCUUUAAGACUGUUAUCUUUCUUAUCCUUUUAAGUACUGAUUAAAUGCUUAUUUAUCUAUUAGCUAAAUAUAGCUAUUUUUUACUUUCAAUUUUAUAAUUAUAUUGACAUUAUCUCAACUGAUGGUUCCUUUUUUAAACUUUUUCCUUUAAUAAAGUAUGGAGAUAAUAAUUUGAAUCAAAUCCAGGUUCAAAUAGAGACUGAAUUGCCUUAGUAAAAUGCUUUAUCAUCAGACUUUUCAAUAAGCUCAAACAAGGAGAACGGUGUUGAAUUAAGGAUUUAAAUUAAAAAUCAAUGCUUUUAGUUGUAUCCUCUAAUGAAUUCCUCUAUGAUUCCAAUCCAAAAGAAUGUAAAUCUAAAAUUAUACAUAUCUGAUAUUUUUUAUGGUCUGAUUAAUAAUUUGACACUUUUAAAGAAUUCAAACAUUAUUUUGAAUGGACCUUUUCAAUUUCAGAAAGAACUUUAAUUUAAAAAUGACGUUUUAAUGAUACUCUAGUAAAAUAUUAGUUUUUAUUUAUACUCAUUUCAUUUUUUACAAUAAUUCUUUGAAAUAUUUAAAUUGGAUAUGAAUUAGUUAUAUAUGAAUUGGGAUGAAAUUCAAUAAAAUUUUGAACUACUUGCAUAAAACGAGAUAUUGUUAUAAAAUUCGAUCUUUCUCUAUCAAAUCAAUACAUAUAAUGUAGUUUAAAAGAGUUUUGUUUUAUUUUCAAACUUAUAUAUCCUUAUUAUAUGA